UGACCGCAAUCACUAUCGGCGCCGAGCUGACCUCGGUACUACACAUCUGUCCCAUUGACGAAAGGAAAUGCCGUCGUCUUCGAUCUUCAUGCUCGCUGGUCUCGGUCCUUCGCCACUUACAUUAUACGCAUUUCGCAUUGCAAAUUAGCUACACACACACACCGAAGAAAAGAACAAGGAUCUACUGAGCUGCGCCGACCUACGGUCACUCUUACUUCGUCACUUUUCUAGUUACUUCUACGAAACCUCUUAUUGUCAUAGUUGAAUACCGUUGAUUCGUCCUUUCAAGUCGUAUACUACUUCCCCAAGACCAUGGCGCCCGCAGGCGUCCUCGAUGCCUUGGGCCACGCCCUCGCAGGCGCCCUUGGAACUGCCCUCUCGACAGCCGCAGUGUAUCCCCUCGACCUCGUGACCACACGCCUCAAAGUCCAACGGCAGCUGCGAAGCGAAGAUGCGAUCUCCGAAAAGGACCAGUACAAGGGUGUGGUGCAGGCCAUGAGAGCCAUCACGGCGCAAGAAGGCGGCAUAUCGGCGCUCUAUACGGGUCUCGCCCAGGACGUCUUCAAGUCCAUCGCGGACUCGUUCCUCUUCUUCCUCUUUUACGAGUACUUUCGAGGCACCCGCCGGCGCUCGCGCGGGAAACGGCUGUCGGUUCUGGACGAAUUAGCCGUGGGCGCGUUGGCGGGCGCCUGUGCGAGGGCCUGCACGACGCCAAUUGCGAACGUGGUCGCGAGGAAACAGACAUCGGCAAUGAUUGAAGGCAACGAGGAUGGCGGGGACGCGUCGGUAUGGGAGAUACUCUCGUCGAUUCGCGCGGAAAACGGUGUGGCUGGUCUCUGGGCCGGCUAUUCCGCGUCGUUGCUGUUGACCAUCAACCCUAGCAUCACAUUCUUCCUCAACGAAAAGCUAGGAAAGACCCUACUCCCGGACUCGGACGAAGCCUCGCAUAACACGCACACUACAUUCCUCCUCGCUGCUGCAAGCAAGUCUAUUGCAACCAUCAUCAGUUACCCCAUACAGACCGCCAAGGCCAGACUACAGAUGCGCGGUACUGCUUCGCCGCGGAGGAGCACCGAUUCCCAAGAAAGGCCUCGUGUUGAGGACCUCAGCAAGGAGCCUUCUAGCCCAGGUGCGCUGGCCAAGACUAAGGAGGCGCUUGAUAAUAGCGUGCUCGCCAUCGUCUUGUCUAUUGCCAGAACUGACGGAAUGAGGGCGUUAUACGCCGGGCUCCAGGGCGAAGUGCUCAAGAGCUUUUUCAGUCAUGGCCUGACGAUGGUAUCGAAAGGCGUCAUUCACACCUUCGUCAUUCGCCUUGGUCUUCUAUUGGUGUCCCUGUCACGGAGACAGUCGCGCGAUAUAAAGUUGCAGCACCUGAGACGAAUUUUCCUCAGACUUCGAUGAAAGUUCUGUUCAUUUUCUCGUCGGUCCGAGGCUAUGAGCGUUUAGUGCUGCGUGACUGUCUCUGAGAGCCUUCUGGAGUAUACAAAACAGUCAUGCCAAUGAGCAGCGUGUGGACAGUGCCAUCUCCAAUUCACAUGGACCAUGGUAUGCAGGUCAUGAGCAUGGCCGUAUUAGCAUUGGAAAGCGACGCCACUCCUCUCAACUUUGCUUGCUCCCCGAGCGGAGAACCCGGUGCCCUCGGACCUGAGUUCUAUCAGCCCAGCAAACUCCUGCUUAGGUUCCUUCUGCUUGCUGUCUGGGCGGACCGUAGGAAGCCUAGCAUCGCACACAUAGCAUGCAUUUUCUUGCGGUGUCAUGA